AUGGUUGCUGAUUUUGCAAAGCUAAUGGUUAGUCGAUUCCAGAUGAGUAUGAAUCGUGAAUUAAGCCUCUUUCUCGGACUGCAAGUUAAACAGACCAACAGAGGAAUCUUCAUUCAUCAAGAUAAAUACAUUUCCGAACUUCUGAAGAAAUAUUCUAUGGAAACUUGUGCCUCUGCAAAGGCUCCGAUGGGUUUCAAAAACAAGAUCUUCUCGGACCCAUCAGGUGUUGUUGUUGAUCAGAAGAAGUAUAGGGGAAUGAUUCGUUCACUACUCCACCUCACUACAAUUCGUCCGUACAUCAUGUUCUCUACAUGUUUGGGUGCUAGAUUCCAGGUUAAUCCGAAAAUGUCUCAUCUUUUGGCUGUCAAGAAAAUCUUCUAA